CCAUAAAACAUAAACGACUUCUAGAGCCCUAAACAAUUUGGCGUCCAAUUAGAAAAAUUUGAAAUAACUUUCGAUAAAUAUCAUGGCAGCGAACAUGUACCUUGUGUCGACGGCAAAAACAACAAUCCUCACCGAUUUCAAUAACUUGGAAACCAAAUCCAUCUAUCAACAUUCCAAUGGCGAAAAUACAGAUUUUCAAUUCUAUGCCCAACAGAGGAUCUUUGUGGAAGUGAAUAAAAAAUCCGGUUUGGAAAUAAUGCGGGUCAAGGAGAAGGCGCAGAAGACGGAUUUACAGCGUGUCCGCAAGUUAACCAUAGACAAUGUCUAUUGUGUGGCCUGUGCCAAACAAUCAAUGGAAGAAAUGGCUGUGGGUUUGUCAAAUGGCCAGGUGAAGCUCUAUAACUACCACAAAUCGGAGUUUGUGCACAAGUUUAGUGCUGAUUCAAAUCGUAAUUCCGUCUUGUACAUGGACUAUAAUGCUUCCGAUGAAUACAUUGCGUCGGUAUUUGAAAAUGGAUUGAUUAAUAUAUAUGGCCAAAGGACUAAAACCAAAAUAGAUUCCUUUAAUAUUGAUAACAAUUCCACAUUGGCCCGUUUUCAUCCCACCAAACGCUUCCAAUUAUCCAUUGCAUCGUACAAGGGUGCCGUAACAAUUUACGAUGUUCACACCAAACGUAAAGUUUUUCAUGCUGCCGAUGCUCAUGGUGCCCAAUGUCGUGAUUUGUGUAUGUCUCCAGCUAGCCCCGACACUCUGAUAAGUGUCGGUUAUGAUUGUGUCAUAAAUAUAUUCGAUACACGGCGCAAAGUAAAACCUUUGCAGUUGGCCUACUGUCAUCCGCUGUCGACGGUGGCGGCAAGUGAAUGUGGAAAUUAUAUGUGCGUGGGCAAUUUGAAAGGUGAACUCACCACCUAUGAUCUUCGCAACACAAAGGCGUAUUUGUCCUCGAAAAAGAUACAUGAUGUGGGAGUUACCAGAGUUGCUUUUGUCCCAAUGCCAGGUGAUAAUUCGGGUCAAAGCUUUUCUAGUUCCAGUGUUGGCGAAACUUCAGGAAUUGCCAUUGCAAAUAAAUCUGUUGCACCAGGAGUGGCCAGUGAAAAUACACGUUCACAUCGUGAUUCAUUUUGUGAUUUUCUUGAUUUCCACGCUAAUCGUGGCCAAGAGAAAAUGUCCCCACGUUUUGUGCCACGCCGCGACAGUUUCGAUUGGGAAGCCUUGUCGCGGAAACCUACUUCCGAUGAAAAUCGUUUGUCACUGAUUGGCAAGGUGGGUGGUGGUCUGGGAGCUCCUAAUAUAUCAAUUACACCAAGUGAUUCCUUUGAUGCCCGUGUAAAUACAUCAGAUUUUCUCAAGGCUCCACUAAGAGAUCAAAGUAAAUCACCCAUAUCACCGCUUACUGCUGCUGGCAAGUUAUCACAAAUCAAGGAAGAGGAAAAAGUUAUACAGGAAACAAGUCACGAAUCUUCCGUUGAAGGAGAAUCGGAUAAAGAGAAUCCUCAAACGGAUAUGCAGUUUGUGCCACAAUCACGUUUAAAGGCAUUGCCUGCCAAUUUUAACAGUACCCCCAAUCGCAAUUCAAUGGAUGGUAUUUUAACAGCUUCUAAUCGUCCUUUGCUCACCUCAACUGUUGGGCCAGCCAAUCGAAAGCAAAUAACCACACCUUUGAAUCACAAUGAUGCCACAGGCGUUCAGCAAGUCGUCAACGAUUUACGCAAUGAAAUGCUGGAACGUUUCACUCAACUUGAAUUCGAAAUUAAGCUACAAAAUGAAACCAAUAAAUGGCAAAUUUUCACACAGAACUUUAAUUUAUGGAAUCAACGUUCCGAAGAGAUUGAGGAAAUCCGUGACUGUUUGGGUGUGCUUUUGCAAACGGACCCAUUUGUCAAUGAAUUCCUACGGCUGAAAGAAGAAAAUGAGAUGUUAAAAUUGCAGCUUUUGCAGCAGUCGAAUAAAAAUGAGUAGUCCUUGUAUUCCAGUCUACAUUUGUUGUCCAUUCUCUGUUAUCAUUUUAUGAUCAUUUUAUUUAUUUCAUUUCUUUUAAUUUUUCAAUUUUCUUUAUAUUUUUUUUUGUAUUAGUUAUAAGGCUUCUUAUUUGAAAGUUUUUAAUAUUUGAAUAGAUGAGUUUUAAUUAUUGUUAAUAUUGGAAUUGUAAUGAAUGAAUGUUCACGGUGCCAUUUUUUACCUUUGCGCCUAAUAAGGAAAUAUGAAGAUAUGGAGAGGUCAACGAAAUACUUUAGACCAAUUAAAUAUGAAUUUAAAUAAAGCAAACUGUGCCAGUGGUGUAAAAACGUAAAUUGCAUCAUUGUAGCCGAUUGAAAGAAGU